AUGCCCGCGGCUGGCGGGAUCUCGCCCGGGGACAGGAAUUGGGGGCGGAGCGCGGACCCGGAGCUGGUCCGUCAGGCGGGAGUGGGGCAGGUGCGGUGGCGGAAGUGCGGGGACGCGAUCGGAGCUGAGCCGUCUAGGAAGCCUCUGUCGCGGGUUCACCAUCCCCGAGCAACUGCCGAGCCUCAGCCUGACCGCGGCGACUAGGGCUCGGGCGCCGGCGAGAUGCCUCUGUUCACUGCCAACCCCUUCGAGCAAGACGUGGAAAAGGCCACAAAUGAGUACAACACUACAGAAGACUGGAGUCUCAUUAUGGACAUAUGUGACAAAGUUGGAAGCACUCCUAAUGGAGCAAAAGAUUGCCUUAAAGCCAUAAUGAAAAGGGUAAAUCAUAAGGUUCCUCAUGUUGCUCUACAGGCGUUAACUCUUCUUGGAGCUUGUGUGGCAAACUGUGGAAAGGUAUUUCAUUUAGAAGUAUGUUCCCGUGAUUUUGCAACAGAAGUACGUGCUGUGAUAAAAAAUAAGGCUCAUCCUAAAGUAUGUGAAAAACUGAAAUCUUUAAUGGUGGAGUGGUCAGAAGAAUUUCAGAAGGACCCUCAGUUUAGUCUAAUAUCUGCAACUAUUAAAUCUAUGAAAGAAGAAGGAAUUACUUUUCCUUCAUCAAGUUCUCAGACUGUCUCAGCUGCUGCCAAGAAUGGUACAUCAUCAAACAAAAACAAAGAAGAUGAGGACAUAGCUAAAGCUAUUGAAUUAUCAUUACAAGAGCAGAAGCAGCAGCACACAGAAACAAAAUCCUUAUAUCCAUCUUCAGAAAUUCAGUUAAAUAAUAAAGUUGCAAGGAAAGUGAGAGCUUUAUAUGAUUUUGAAGCCGUGGAGGACAAUGAACUCACCUUUAAACAUGGUGAAAUUAUUAUUGUUUUGGAUGACAGUGAUGCCAAUUGGUGGAAAGGAGAAAAUCACAGAGGAGUAGGACUCUUCCCAUCUAAUUUUGUAACAACUAAUUUAAACAUGGAAUCUGAGGCAGCAGCUGUGGACAAAUUGAAUAUAAUUGACGAGGAGGAGGAGGAGGAGGAAAUUAAGAAAUCAGAGCCUGAGGCUGUUUAUAUAGAUGAGGAUAAGAUGGAUAGAGCUCUGCAGGUACUGCAGAGUAUAGAUCCAACAGAUUCAAAACCAGACUCCCAAGACCUCUUGGACUUAGAAGAUAUCUGCCAACAGAUGGGUCCAAUGAUAGAUGAAAAACUUGAAGAGAUUGAUAGGAAGCAUUCUGAAUUGUCUGAAUUGAAUGUAAAAGUCCUAGAAGCUCUGGAACUAUACAACAAGUUGGUGAAUGAAGCACCAGUAUAUUCAGUCUACUCAAAGCUCCAUCAUCCAGCACAUUACCCACCUUCCUCAGCUGGGGUUCCAAUGCAGACAUAUCCAGUUCAACCACAUGGUGGAAACUAUAUGGGUCAAAGUAUUCACCAAGUCACUGUUGCCCCAAGCUACAGCCUAGGACUAGAUCAAAUCGGUCCACUGAGAUCUCUGCCACCAAACGUGAAUUCCUCAGUGACAACACAGCCUGCUCAGACUCCGUAUUUAAGCACUGGACAAGACACUGUUUCCAACCCUGCUUAUAUGAACCAGAACUCUAGCCUUCAGUCAGCUCCUGGUCCCACUGCGUACACACAGCAGAUGGGGCUGUCGGUGGAUGUGUCAUCUUACCAGAACACUACUUCCAGUUUGCCACAACUGGCAGGCUUUCCAGUGGCAGCUCCUGCUCAUUCCGUUGCACAGCAGCAAACAAAUUACCAUCAGCAGCAGCCUCUCCUUUAAGAACAAACCAGGCAUUUUCUUGAAAGCCUUCGUAAGUGUAUGACUCGACUGUUGUGGUUCUAAUCUGAAAAUAUUAAAAGAAGAAAAAUGUUUUUUCUCAACUCAAAAGGCCCAUGAAUAAAUAAAGCACAAAAACUUAUCUUGCCCUAAUAGGCCAUAAAGGGUUUUUUCAGUCCAACUUGUCUGAAGUCAAACUUUUGAUCACAGGCAGCUACAAGUUGCUUCCAGUUAGUUUUAUCUUACUUUCAAAUCUCUUCAUGAAUCUGGGCACCCAAUAAAUAGCCUUAUGACACUAAACAACAUGAGAUAGGAGCAUUAUAAAGAAACCACUGUUUAUCCCUAAAAUGUUGUGAUAAUUGGGAGCGUGUUGAAACUUUUAUACAUUUUUAUCUGCAUUUUUUCAGAGUUUCCCACACACCACUCUUUUAAAAGGCGAACAUGGUUUUGUGCAAGCAUUUAGCUUCCUAGUGCAUUUCCUUUGGCUCCUUAAAUUGCAAUUGUGUUUGCAGUACUGGUCAGUUUUGUUCUUGGUGAUGUGUUGAGUAAUAAUUAGCAUAUAAUUAAUUGUCUACAGAAGCAAGAGCACUUUGGAAGGAACAGAAAUGUUUUCUGUUAUUAUCAGUGAAGACUAUGUAAAUGCAGGUGUGUGAUCAAGUGUUUAGCUAGUCCCCCAGUCAUGCCAACGGUGGGCUGAGGAAUUCCCCACAAAACAUUACCAUUUCCUGGAAAAACACAUUUCUUUUCCUACAAGGGCCCCUCACAUUUAGAAUUGCCACUAAUGACCUUUUCAAGUGAUUUUGGCCAUUCUCUAAUGAAGAUAUGAUCCUUUUUACUUUUCUCCUAUAGUGUGGUGUGCAGAGAUGCUGUGUUUCUUUUUUAAGGAUUAUAUGUGAAUUUGAGCUUAUAUGUGAAUUUGAGCUAUGAGACAUUCCCAGUAAUUUGAUGUGAUGUAUAUCAAGCAUGGGUGGUGUGCGUUUUUAUUGAAGUGUUCUUUUAAAGAGGUGAUUUGAGUACCAUUGCUAAGCCAGGUUGUUGAAAAUUCUGGCCAUUCCUUUAAGAAGAAAUCCUAAGCCUGAGGAAUAAUAGCAGGCAAUGGAUUUAUAGGGAAGCCAUGGAGACAGUUUUCCUGAAGCCUAUAUUUUAAAUUAGUUUAUAAUGCUAAUAGAGUCCAUAUACUGUAGGAGUUAGUAAACCAAUAGGGAUUGUUUUGUCUCCUCAAAAUUUGCACACUACUGCAUCAUCUACCGACUUUUAGGUUAACACAGAAUGCAAAUACAUUGCUUACAGAUAACAUGAUAUUUAGAUUGGGAAAGACAAUGGAUAUAAGUUUAGUUUUUUAAAAGUUAACUUGCAUGGAAGCAAGAUUUCUUUAUUGUUUUUUAAAGAAAGCCCUUCAUCUUUCUACUACAAAUAUAUUUGAAGAGAAUGCUCUGGAAAUUUUUGUCACUUAUCUAUUUACAGAAAUUUGAUUAUAAGUAUGUACCUUUUUCAAAGAAACUGUAUUCUAGAACAAAAUAGUCUUAUAUAUGCUACUUGGUCUACAUUCAAAGGGAAAAACAAGCAGUAUUUGAAAGCCCAAUUUCUGUCAUUGUCUUAUUUCAGAUACAAGUAACAGGAAAGUUUUAACCUUUCAUGCCUCUGUUCUGUUUUUCAUCCAGUAUUUUCCUUCCACGUGAAUUCAAUUAUAUACUUAAAAAAAUUCUAAACUGGCACCUUGCUUUUUUGGAAAUGAAGCUUCCAUUCUCUAAAGAAAACAAAACAUAAAAAAAUUCACAAAGCUGCUCUUAAUAAUAGUUAAGUUUGCAUACAUAUGGAAAAUCUUAUAUUUUCCCCAAAUAAUAUUUACUAAACAAUUAUUUUAAUGUUUGUGUAAGUAGUUAAUGUAUAAUUGUGAUCUGAGUUGUAAAAACUUCAUUCUGCAUAAGUCUUUGAACUAGAAUAAAUACUGCACACCCACUGAAUUGGGAUCAGCCAAUUAAGUUCACCUAAUAUAGUUUUGGAAUGAUAUAACAUGCAACAUGUAUAUAGUGUAUAUUGGCAUUUAUCUGUGAAAUUUUAUACAUCCAGAAGUUUCUUCUCCCUUUUAAAUUAAAAGUAAUUUUAUUUUUGCCAUACUGUAAGGAAUUUUGUGUUGCAGGUUGAUAGUAUAAAAGUGUUAUUAAAUCUGUGUACUGAGAUAUUUUUGCUGUUAAUAAGAAACACAGGGUUGUUAUUUUUCUUUCUUUUUCAUGAUCUUAAUGGAUUUAUUUAUUUUAAGACCUGUUUAUAAUUAAAUGUUUUCUGCCAAAGGAAUGGUCUAACAUCAGAUUUCUACAUUAGGUUCAUACAUACUGUUUUAUAUAAAAAAUAAAAUAACUUCUGCUUUUUCAUAUGAAAUCUUGGUACAUUAGAAAGAAUUUCUAAAAAUUUAUAAUAAAAUUAAUUUUCAUUAAUGUGGGACAAAUUUCCCCUCGGUGUUAAAAUAUACGAAGUGGGAUAUGUUCUUACAAUUUGGAAAAUGUAUGGUUUACCAACAUUGUCUCAUAAUUCGGUAAUUUGUUUAUAAAAUUACCUGAAUAUUAAGUAAUUAUAAUAUUUAUCAAUUAGGAGUUGAUACUUGAUGACCUAAAAAAUUUCACUGUGUAUUUUGAAGAUAGUUAUAAAGUUUCACCAUCCAGAUUUUUAAAAAAUUGAUUUUAGAUGUUAAAAAAAAUUAUGGCUUAGGGGUUUAAAAAGAAAGUUUUUCUUAGUAAAAAGUAUGUGUCAAGGCCCCUGACUUCUAGGAGAGGAUUUAUUGAAUUGUCAUUAUGAUGAGAAAGCUGAAGUUAUUUUGUAAGUAAUAAAUUAUAAAUAAUAUGGCACCAAUCUAUCAUGCUUUGUUUCCAUCAAAAGGCAUUUUUAUUUACUUAAAUCAGUUUUAGUCAGUAAGUAAAGGGAGGACUCAAUUCUAGGGAUUUGAUUUUUUGUUGUUAAUUUGAUUUAGUUUCUUUUGAAGAUUAAAGAUUUAUUUUUUAAUAAAGUUUUCCCUAGAGGAAUUAUUCUA